AUGUUUCUUGAAUCAAUUUCAGCUUUUUCUCUGCAGGGUUCUAAUCUUGGAUCCCUUCUAAAAUCAGCUAGUGCCAAUGGCUCUUUAACUCCACCAUCUUGUUACUCUUCUUCCUCCAGUCUUGCUUUGUCAAGAAAGCGCGAUGAUGGUUUCGCUUGUUAUGCCUCGUCUAGAACUGCUAGUAUGCAACUAACUGGUGUGGUGUUUCAGCCAUUUGAAGAGGUUAAGAGGGAUGAUUUUAUGGUCCCCGUAGUUCCCAACGUAUCACUUGCUCGCCAGAGGUUCAUAGAAGAGUGUGAGGCCGCAAUUAAUGAGCAGAUCAACGUGGAGUACAACGUCUCUUAUGUGUACCACUCCAUGUAUGCAUACUUUGACAGGGACAAUGUUGCUUUGAAAGGCCUUGCCAAAUUUUUUAAGGACUCAAGUGAGGAAGAAAGAGAUCAUGCACAAAAACUAAUGAAAUAUCAGAACAUCCGAGGAGGGAGAGUGAAGUUGCACUCUAUACUAAUGCCCCCUGCGGAUUUUGAUCAUGCGGAGAAGGGUGAUGCACUGUAUGCAAUGGAACUAGCAUUAUCCUUGGAGAAGUUAACAAAUGAGAAACUUCUGAAACUUCACAGUGUUGCUGAUAGCAACAAUGAUCCCCAGCUAUCAGAUUUCAUACAGACUGAAUAUUUGCAGGAGCAGGUCGAAGCCAUUAAGAAAGUUGCAGAAUAUGUCACUCAGUUGAGGAUGGUAGGAAAAGGACACGGAGUGUGGCACUUCGAUCAGAUGCUCCUCCAUGCAGGUGAUGGUGCGCUGUGA